UUGGAUAGAAUUUACUACGGACCAAUCAUAUCUUAGAUUACAUUUUCUCUUUGGGAAAUUUCAAGAUGGUUGACUACAGAGACGUGUACCAUUUUUUCAUGAUUUUUUCAGUAUUGGUAACAGUCAAGGGAAACAACUCUCAGGAAUAUGAUGUAAGACUUGGUGAUGUUGUGAUCGUUGUUUUAUCCCAGUCAAACCCGUACCAUGCUAGCAGGGCGAGGGAGCUACAGAUACAGCUGAUGAAUCAGAUGGUAGAAAUGCCCAAAGACAAUAAACCUGCUAUAUACCUGACUCAUAAAAAAUGGCCUACAAUAGGAACAUGGACAAUAUUUCCAUUACUAGAAAAGUGGCAACAGAACUUUCCCAUAGCAAAGUGGAUAUUUUUCUGUGAAGAUGAAACAAGAAUUCACCUACAAGAAAUGGAGAAGUUUAUACAAAAAUUUGACCCAACAAAGGACUGGUUUAUUGGUCAUGAAUUGAAAGAUAAAGAACCAACAAUCAUUCAUCAUUUUACGUCACCAGACAAACUGACCUUCCCAGACUUUGCUGCGGGUGUCUUCCUCAGUAUGCCACUGAUAAACAAAAUGGCAUCAAGAUGGCCCGAUGAGAAUUUCAGAUCCGACUUUGCCAUAGAUCCAAAACACGAGUUGGCGUCUUACAUUCUCCUGGAUGAUGUUAAACUUACACAUGCUCCAGAAUUAUGUUUAACUGAAGAUGAGCCUAAUUGUGUAGCAUAUAUUGCUCAGAAAUUUCCCGACUGUGGGGCACCAGUAGCAGAUGAGGAUUUGUUUGUUGCUGUGAAAACUUGUGAAAAAUUUCAUGAAGAUAGAGUUCCAAUUGUGUUAGAAACAUGGGCACAGGAGAGUUCUAAUAUAGAGUUUUACAGUGAGAAGGAAGAUAGUUCUAUACCAACUAUAGAUCUUGGUGUACCUAAUACAGAGAGAGGGCAUUGUGGGAAGACAAUGGCGAUAAUGAAGAGAGUGGUGACAACCCCAGAGCUGAUGAAGAAACAAUGGUUAUUGAUUGCUGAUGAUGAUACCAUUAUAAAUUUACCCAGACUGCGUCACCUUCUGUCAUGUUACGAUCACAACAGUCAUGUUGCUAUUGGUGAACGCUAUGGUUACCAGGUGUCAAAAGGUUACGGAUAUGACUAUAUAACUGGAGGUGGCGGGAUGGUGUUCAGUAUGCCGGUGGUACAGAGGCUUGUUGACGAGUGUCAGUGUUCAUCUAACGACUCACCAGAUGACAUGAUUAUAGGAAUGUGCUUACGGCGGUUUGAAAUUCCCAUAACACAUGUGCCAUAUCUACAUCAGGCUCGCCCCGAUGAUUAUUCUGAAGGCUACCUCAGUCGCCAUAUUCCUGUCUCAUUUCAUAAACAUUGGAACUGUGAUCCAAUCAAAAUCUACCAUAUGCUCAAAGAAUAUGAUACAAAAUCUCAACAGCCAAAGAGAAAGUCUGAACGCAAAACUUCUGGUUCCAGUGUUAAUAAUCAUGAAGAGUUGUAAAGAGUGAUAUUUU